AGGGAUUUGCAGAGAGCUCAGGAUGGAUGACAACUCUGGGGCAAUCACCACCUUCACUCUCUCCCUUUUCAUCUUUGGGCCUGGCUGGGUGGCAGCCCAGGCAUGCUCAUACCCAUGCCAUUGCCCCUCGCAGCCCCUCCAGUGUCCUAUGGGCAUCAGCCUUUUGCUGGAUGGCUGCGGUUGCUGCAAAGUGUGUGCAAGGCAGCUGGGCGAGGCAUGUUCCCUCCAGAAACCCUGCGAUCAUCAUAAAGGGCUCUACUGCGACUUCUCCAAAAUCCACAGGGACAGCGGGAUCUGCUUAGCCCACGAGGGAGCGACCUGCGAUCUGCUGGGGAAGAUCUACCAGAAUGGCGAGAGCUUCCAGCCCAGCUGCAAGCUGCAAUGCAUCUGCAUGGACGGGGCCAUCGGAUGCAUCCCGUUGUGCAGCGAUGGACUGCGGCUCCCUUCCCCCGACUGCCCCUUUCCCCGCCGGGUAAAGGUGCCGCACAAGUGCUGUGAAGAGUGGGUCUGCGAAGGGGGCGGCCAGAAGAAGAACCGCUACGGAAAGGGCCUGGCAGUGUACAGGAACACGGCAGCCCACAAGCCCAAGCCCAAGCCCCGGCCCACCAACUUGAAGGGAAACUGCCUGGUGCAGACCACGGAGUGGAGCGCGUGCUCCAAGACCUGCGGGAUGGGGAUCUCCACCCGGGUCACCAAUGAUAACGCCCAGUGCCGGCUGGAGAAGGAGAACAGGCUGUGCAUGGUCCGGCAGUGUGAUGCCCGCUUGGAGAAGAACACCAAGAAGGGGAAGAAGUGUGUGCGGAACCCCAGAUCUCGCCAGGCAAUCCGCUUCGAGUUCACCGGCUGCACCAGCACCCGCUCCUACCGGCCCAAGUUCUGCGGCAGCUGCACGGACGGCCGCUGCUGCACCCCGCAGACGACCAACACGGCCAAAGUGGAAUUCCGGUGCCCGGAGGGAGACUCCUUUGUGCGCAAGAUGAUGUUCAUCAAGUCCUGCUCCUGCCACUAUGACUGCCCGGCCGACAACGACAUCUUCCUGGCCAUCUACCGCCGGCGGAUGAUUGGGGACCACGUCAAACUCGAGAGGCAGUAGUGCGGACGCCCUGCCCUGCCUCCUAGCUGGCUGUGGCAGGAGCAGCUGAGAUUUUUCUGCUGCUGACUCCAUGGACAAAGCAGAGACUGAAGGAGGAAGGAUUCAGUUGUGGGUCAGCCAGCAGGCGUCAAGGCAGAGGCCUAGCUAUAACUGAACGUGUGGAGAGGGGCAAAUGUCCCCAGGCUGACGAGGCAGCGGGCCUACUGACUGGGAAACAGCCCGCUCUUCCCUCUGGCCUCUCUCCUCCCCGACUCAUGGGCAAGCGCACUCCCUGAUAGCUCACAGGGACUUCGGGGUAAUUCUGGGCAACUUGCGAAUGCUCACUUCGGUUCUGGAGGAGAUGUGGACUAAAAGCUGGGUGUGAAAAUCUUCCAUGUCCCUAUAGUUCUUCUGUAGCAGAGACAUGGGGGGGGGGGAGAAGAAGAAGGCAGGGGGUCCCAUCUUUACUUCUUGCCCCAAGGACCACUUCGACCUUGCUGCACCCAUCUGUGGUGCUGUGUGCCACUGCAUAUAGACAACAUUUUUAGGAGGUUUAAGGCUUGAUUGCGAGAAAGGAGAGCUGGUCUUGUGGUCGCAAGCAUGACUUGUCCCCAUAGCUAAGCAGGGUUUGCCCUGGUUGCAUAUGAAUGGGAGACUCGAUGUGUGAGCACUGCAAGAUAUUCCCCUCAGGGGAUGGAGCCGCUCUGGGAAGAGCAGAAAGUUUCAAGUUCCCUCCCUGGCUUCUCCAAGAUAGGGCUGAGAGAGAUUCCUGCAAUGCAACCGUGUACACCGCCCUCAACUCCUUGGAGGAACAGCAGGAUCUAAAUAUAAACGAUAAAUAAAAUAAGGGCAGGGUUAAAAGGUCUAGCAGCAACCAACUUGCAGCCGAAAGCCAGAUAUGAAUAUUUAUACUUGCUUCUCAACAAAAAUUCCCAAAGCGGUUUAUGUAGAUAUAAAUAAAUAAGAUGGCUCCCUGUCCCCAAAGGGCUCACAGUCUUAAAAAGACACAUAAGUUCGCCACCAGCAACAGCCACUGGAGGGAUGCUGUGCUGGGGAUGGAGAGGGCCAGUUGCUCUCCCCCUGCUCAAUAAAGCAUAUCACCACUUUAAAAAGAUGCUUCUUUGUGCAGUUAGCAGAUCCAGACUUCUCUUUCCUCUUAAAGGCCCCAGAAGUUUUGGCCCAGCUCUUAAAACACCUGCACAUCAGUCCCAGUCUCAGGUUGGCUUUUGGUAAAGGUAAAGUGUGCUGUUGAAUCGGUGUUGACUCCUGGCAACAACAGAGGGGCUGGAGGGGCUUUACCAUUGCCUCCUCCUGCACACUAUGAGAUGAUGCCUUUCAGCCUCUUCCGAUAUCGUUGCUGCCCGAUAGUUGUCUUCAAAUGGGUGCCAUCCGCAGUCCUUUGCUCCAUCCAUCCCAUAACCACCGCUCUGCUCUUCCCUCACUUAUGUCAGCAAGGGACAGCAAUGCACAGCACGGGGAUGCAUCCAAACCCUCACAUCUGGCUUUGGAGUUGGAUGGUGGUUGGGUCUGUUGAUGCAGGCAUGAAAACAGCUGGGAGGAUCAUCUCAAGAUGAUGUGGUCUGCUGACAUUGGGAAGGCUGAGCUGCAAAACACAGGCAGUGCUUGGAGGCAACUGGAAACAUGGAUGAUCCUGUGGGAUAAAGUCAUCCAAGGGUCAAGGCGCUGAGCCCUAGAGGAGCAUCUUAGUAGAAGGCAAAGAGGGAUAGUGCUCAGAGCGAUGCACACACGCAUGUUGAGUACUG